UUAAUUGCCACACACCCACCACCAUUCUUUCUGAAAUCCAAACCGCAUGAAUGGAUGAUUAUGAUUGUUGUUCAGGUGAAGUAGUUGGUGGUGUCACCUGGUCACCGUGUUUGUGGGACCCGGCCUCCGUCCAUUCGGUUUCCAUCCAUCCAUCCAAACCCCAAACCUCCUAUUCAGAAUUUCCAGAUCGUCCUGGUGGGUUUAGCUUCCAAGGCUGGUCCGUUACACAACCAUGGGUCAGAAGCAGAUGGGUUCCAGCCAAAGUGGCUUCUUGUUGUUGAUUCUCGAGACUAACCAGCUUCCAUACUACAGUCUGAACCUCAGUCACUUGAUCUGGAUGUUUGCCGCCGCCGCCGUUUGCAAGUUGGCGCGGCGGUUGGCGAUGGCUGCCAAAACUGAAUCGCAAUGAAUCCCGACUAUUGAUGUUUCACAUCUGGCAGAAGGCCGGUCGGGAACAGAUACAUACUUAGUACCUUACUUCUAUGUAAGCUCCUGCCCAACCGAUCCACUUAGAUCUCGACGUUCCAGAGGGAAAACAAA